AUGUUGGUAGCUCCUACUUUUAGCAAAAAAGAAAAGGAAAUCUGUUUUCCUGUUUUGCAAUAGAAUAGAAUAGAUAGUUUUCAAAAUAAAAUUGUAAAAUAAGUACUUAAAUUAUGGAUACCGUAGUGAAAAGUAUGUUGGAUGAAGAUCCUGAUGAAGAAAAGAAGGGAUUAGUUUUAUUUGGUCGAGAUUUGGCACAAAUUCCUUGUUUCCGAGAAAGCUUUCUGUAUGGAGUAGCCACUGGAGUUGGAGUCGGAAUAGCUGCAUUUAUAAAAACCUCAAAACCGAUGCUGUCUCAACACAUUGGAGUUGGUUCAUUUUCAAUAUCCACAUUGCUAUAUUGGUCUUAUUGUAGAUACCAAUGGUCAAAACAAAGGUUUGAUGCACAAUUGCUACAAGAGGCAUUAAAAGACAAAAUUCUAUAUGAAGGCACAGUAGUAGAAAAAGAGUUGGAAAGCAAAGGUGUGUUAAAGUCUGCGUAGCACUUAUAGUCAUGUAGUGGUUAUUUUAAAAGUAAUGUUUACUUAUAAAAUUGUGUUGAAUAUUUAUUAAGUGUAAUUAUAUUUUUAGUGUUGAAUAAAAAUAUUAUUUUGUACAUA